AUGGCAACCAAAGGCAAAGGAAAGUUGUCAAGUUUAUUAGACAAUGACGAUUUGCUUGACAGUUUACUGGAAGAUAAAAAACCGGCAUCCAAAAUGUCAAAUCACAUUUUACCCACGAAUCGCUCAUCUGCGGUUGAUAACAUAUUUAGUAUGCUUGCAGAGGAGGUAAAACAGGACGGAGCAGACAGCGAGAACUCAGAGGUGUCAGAAGCAGAUCCUGAUGAAAUCUUGAAGAACAUAAAGGGCAUUGAUGAUAUGGAGGAUGAACUGCUUGCGCUAAAGAAAAAGCCAAAUUCUGCGCCAGCAAAGUCAACUGUUAAAGACGGGCCGAACAAGAGCGCCACUCUGAAUGGCAAACAAGAGGGACCAGGUAACUCUUCUGCAAAUCAGAAAAAGCCAAACUCUGCGCCAUCUUUAGGAAGGAACUACAAAAACUUUAGCUUUUCCGAGGAUGAUGACUUUCUCCCAGACGAUACAAAGCCCAAAGCCAAGGCUGUGGAAAAGUCUUUGCCAACGUCUCCCAUCUCGCCAAUCCUCAAAAAUAAGACUCAAUCCACGACAAAGAAGCGCUCUGACCUCACGUUCGAUGACAGCAAGGAUGAUUUUAUGGACGUUUUGGGAUUUGAUGGUGAUCACAAUCGAGCGAAGAAAAAAGAGGCUGGGCUAUCGGACGAAAACAAGGAACGGUUUGAUCAGCUCCAGAGACCGCGCACCAAAGUGGAUGACAUUUUGCAGAGCUUGACCUCGCCUCAUCUUCUGGAGCGUCCCCCUACAGGUGAAAGGAAGGAACAGCAACAGGACAGAGGCUCUACUGUCAAAGAGGACGAGCUGACCUUUGGAUCGUACCAGCCCACCCUCGUGUCCACGCCUGAAGGCCGCCAAUCUCGCAGGCAGUCUGUGAGGUUUUCUACUGAGGAUGUAAGUAUUCCUGCUUCAGAAAAGAAGCCAAAGCCCUCCACACCGACCAGGCAGCGUGCGUCUGCAGACUGGCUCGGCCUUAAAACCACCACAGACGACUCCACGCACGACUACGGUGGCCUAGGUAGGACAGAAACUAGGUCUUCCAGCCCACCUGUAGGGGCCCCGUUAGAACGAAGGGCGUCCGUGUCUGGCCCUGUCAAAUCGGCUGCGGAGCCUCUACCAGCGCCCAAACAUGACCUGGUGAAAGUGGCUGUGGCUGAGGCUGAGGUCCCUGUGAGCCAGAAGAAAGAGGAAGAGGAAGAGGAGGAGGAGGACUGGUUAUCUGGAGCUCUGAGCCGGAGAAGAGCUCUGGCUGGGUCCAGACAUGAGGCCAAGACACAAGUAAAGGAGACCCUGGAAGUUACAGCGAAAACAGACACACAUGCAAAUAUAAGUAAACAAGUGACUUCAAACCCUCCCAGGAUCAGAGAAGAUUCGGCUCUCGCUGUCAGGGAGCUCAGUGGAAUUUCUCCCAGCGAAUCGGGCCCCGCAGCUCACUCCACUCCAAUUAGAGAGGAGACAGCAAGGCAGAGUGACAGAACAAUAACGGAAACUCCAAAACCACCAGCUCCCGUCCAACCUCAGAUUUUGCUCUCACCUGACCAUCUGCAGAUGCUACUGCAACAACAGCAGAUGCUACCACCUCCUUUUCCUCUGGGCCUUGUACCCGCAGCUCAGCCAUACGGGGAUCAUCAGUCUCUGCAGGGUCGCGUCCUUCAGCUGGAGGGGCAGGUGAAGCUGCUGCAGAUGAAGCGGGACCAGAGCCAACUGUUACUGCAGAACGUCCAGCUCAGGCACAAGCAAGACACAGAGCUCAUAGAGGAUGCACACAAGGUGCGUGUGAAGCUGCUGGAGGAUUCUUCCGCACAGAGGGAGACGCGGCUGAGGCAGGAGUGCGAGGACUUGAUGGAGAGGCUGGCUGUGCUGACACGAUCCAUGGAACAGGAGCGCUCUGAGUUGCAAGCACAGCACCAGCGCAAACUAGCUCAGGCCCAGCAUGAGCGAGACCGCGAGGUGGAGAGGCUCCGGGACCUUCAGAGCAAAUCCAUCCUAGAAAUGAAAAAAGAUCACGAAGAGCAGAUUCAGCGGCUGAAGAGGUUAAAGAAUGAAGAGAUCGAUGCUGUGACGAGUGCUACUUCUCAGACCAGGUCCCUGAGUGUGGUGAUCGAGCAGAUGGAGCAGUUCUCAUCUCGUCUGGGGGAGCUUUCAUGUCGAGUGGAGAGCACACAUGAUAACACAGCCCACGGUCUGGAGCUCGGGGCGCGGCACAGGGACGAGCAGCUUAGAAUUCUGCAGGAUCGCCUUACACAGCAGCAGAAAUCCAUGUCUGAAGAGAAGGCUUACCUCAAAGAAAUCAUUUCCAGGAUGGACGCUCAGAUCAAUGAACAGCAGAGGCAGCUCGAGAAGGAGCGCUGGAAAGUCUCAUCCGAGCAGGCGAAAGCGGAGUCGACACAAAGGGCCCUUGAAGAUGAGCGACGUUCCCUCAGCAUGCAGAUGACUAUGGAGAGAGAGGAGCUUGAAAGAGCAAAGAGUGCGCUGUUGGAGGAGCAGAAGUCGGUGAUGCAGCACUGUGCAGAGGAGAGGAGGAGGCUGGCAGCCGAGUGGGCCAGCUUCCAUGCUCAGGAGAAGCAGAGACAUGACAGGGCUGAGAGGGAAGUGAGCAGUCUGCUGGAGAGAAGGGAGGGCUCCAUCAUCAGCAUGGCACAGGAGCAAGCAGACCUGAAGCUUCGCAUGGCAGAGUUAAAACAAAAGGAGCUUGCAGUAUCACAAGAGAGGGAAAAUUUGGAUAGACUGAGGGAAGAGCUGGAGAGAGAGAAGGAAAGGAUCAGUGCUACUGCAUUGAGACUGAAGACAAGAGCUCAGGAGGUGGAGGCUUUCAGUAAGCUUGCUGCAGACAAAUUUGACGAAGGGGAGCAAGCGCUGCAUAAGGCCAAACUUGUGGAGGCAGAGCAUGAGGCAAGACUUCGACAUAUCCAUUCUCAAACGGACAAACUGAGACAACAGGAACAGAGAAUCCUUCAGGAAAGAAUGCAACUAGCAAAUUUGGUGAAGGAGCAGCCAAAACCCAGCACACUUGCCUCAGUCCUUCAAAUGCCAACAGACUUCACCCACAUGCCUAGUACACAGCAAAUGGUGGACAUCUUUCCGAAUACUAGUGCCAACUCUCAGGCAAUGGCUUUACAGGCAAGUUUGGCCUUAUGGAAGUACACUGCAGAAAAGGACCGUGAUUUUCUUGAGGAUGAAAAAGCCUUCCUUGAGACCCUAACGAAGAAGUCUUACAGUUCUCUUAAUUGCAAUGAUUAA